GCAUUGGCUAGCCUAAACUCAGCAACAGGACAGAUCGGCUCAUCUCCAAACCACCAUUCCCUCAGCUUUUCAGAACUGACCACACCCAUUCUUUCCGUCGGUGCCUCUCCUUCCUUCUCAAGCUCUGCCAACAGAGAUUCAGGAGUAAAUACCUCCAUCUCUUCAAAUACUAGUUUAGAAAAUACUUCUGAUACAUCUCAGCUAUUCCAGAAUGAUCAGCCGGACUUCACAACAGGACAAACCAAAUUAUUGGAUUCUGCAACGAUCGCACAAGACUUGUUCAGGCCACCAAGAGAAGUGGUGAAAUACAUUUCAGACGUUGACUCAGUAGACGUGGAGACACGAGUAGCUAUGGUACGCUUCUUCAACUCUACUAAUGUUUUGGCUAAUUUCACUGAGCACACUCGAACAAUCCGCCUCUAUCCACGUCCAGUCGUUGCUUUCCAAUACCAUUCUUUUCUCAAAUCACGGCAGUGUCUUACUAACUUUACUCGAAGGCUAGCAAGAACUCAGUGCUCUUCUCCACUCUACUCCCCUCUGGCCAAUUUUACUAAUCUUCUCCAUUGCCAUAAAAAGGCCGUCGAAUUUUUGGCUGAGUGGUCUUUGUGCCCGGAAAAUGAAGUUUUUCAGCGUAUACACACUGGAAUCACUGAUUCGUGCAAUAUUGGUGAUAAACCAAAAUGGUAUCAAGACAAGUUGGCUCGAGUUUUUUUCGAUCUCUGUCCGACUGCUGAACUUAGAGGAGUGCAGCCUUCUCAAGACCCAGUAAUUCCUUGUGCUAAAGAAGCCAGUAGCCAUGAGCCUAUUUCUUAUGCGACCUCAAAUGGAGUGCAGAAUUUGCUGCUCUCUUCUAACAGGCCCUAUACUUCAUUGCCUCCAGGUUUGUUUAAAAUUUUUUCACUUAUAUCUCACAGGCAGUUAUUAUUGGUUGGCUACUUUUAUCUGAUACUUUGCAAAAUAAAAACUAAAUUAUUUUAUUACAACAAAUUGUAA